GGAGAUCCUUCUUUGGAGAUGGCGCCGUGAGAGUUAGAACGCAUACGUAUGAACGGAAGCACUCCAACGUGAAAUGAGCCGUCGCAGAGGGAGAUAUCACGCUGACAGUGACGAAAUCGACUCGGGUGAGACAGCGACACAGCUAGGCGUUGAUCUCGCCUUCAUUCCUCCUUGUGUGCAUCUGUGACACACAUGUGCGUGCGUUCAGAUGACUCCAACGAUUCGGACUUCGCGCACUCGGCAGUGCCCAAGAAGGGCGACGGAGAGCCGCCACGGAAAAGCAGCCGGCUGAAGAAAGCGCCCACGUAUGCAAUCGAGAUGUGCCCAUCUCGACGCACUUCAAACCCACAUCGGUGUCUGUCUGUCUGUCUAUGUGUUGUGUGUCAUAUUGUAUGUCAGAUCUUACAAGGGUUACACCGAGGAGCCCGAGGAGGAUGGGGAGAGUGAGGAGGACACCAAGGAGGGGCAGGAGGCCGUCGAGGAGCCCCUGCCCGUCAUCGUGCCUCCCUUCGUCGAAAAGUUCCUCAAGAGGCGCCUCAAGCCUGGCGUCAAGGCUGUCGCUGUCCAGCCAGGCGAGCUGCACCACCACCACCACAAGGAAAACGACUUCGAGUACCUAGGUACCUACCUGCCCCACUGAGACCACCCACACAACACAACACAGCACAACACAACCACUGAUCAUCGAUCGGUGCGUGUAUUGAAUGAUGUGUGAAUGGAUGUGUGAUGGUCGGUGCAGUCAAGUUCACGAAUCAGUCGUAUCUGCACGCCAAGUGGUUUCCGUACGAGGAGGUGGCGGAGGACGGGGACCGCAACAAGCGCAUUCGCUUCCUGCGGUACAUCAAGCGCAUCAAGGAGAAGGGCGAGGAGGAAGACCCCGCCGUCGACUGCCCUGUCGUCGAACGCAUUCUCGAUUGCACCGACAUGCACAGGGCCAUGUACCCCAACCGGUCCGCACACCUCGAACGCGCCGACUGGGAAAUGUACUGCCUCAGAAUCAUUGAUGCCCUCGUCACGUUUGAACGAAGCGGGGUGAGUCACUCAGGGGCGUCUGACGCGAGAGGAAGGAACAGCGUGUCCAUGCCGCGACCCUACCUUGCUCUCUUGUAUAGGUGUACUACGGCAUCCCGUUUCAUCGUCCGGUGGACCCCGAGUACGACGGAGCGCCCGACUACUUUAGCGUGGUCAAGUUCCCCAUGGACUUCACAACAAUACAGGGGCGCCUCUACAGACGCGUGUACGAGAAGCCGCAGGUACGGAGAGACCGAUGAGGAACACAUGGCUUGUGGGUGGACGUAGACGGGUGUUGUUUGUUCACUAGGACUUCUGGAACGACGUGCAGAAGGUAUGGACAGCGUGCCACGAGUACAACAGCCCACAGGGCGACGUUGCCACCAAAUGCAGACUCCUCAAGGCACUCUUCGACAAGGCACGCGAAUGAAGCCGCGCAUCCGUUCAUCGAGCACUUUGUUGUUGGUCUCUCUGUGUGCCUUGUGCCUCAUUUGAUGGAUCAGCUGUACGGCGAGUGGUCUGAGGUCUCGCGUUCGGGCAUCCCCGGUCAAAUCCCUGACAACGUAAGUACUUGCACAGACACCUAUAUCCAUCCAUUCGUGCACACAUGCGGAUGAUGCCUCUCUGUCCGUCUGCCUGGCUGUCUGUCUGUCUGUCUGUGGGUUGGCUGUUUGUCUGGUCAUCAGAGUCCGGCGUAUGUCGAGGAUUACAAAGGCAUCACGGAGGCCGAGGCCAUCCAGCACAUCACAUUCGUGGGACUCCUCGUGAAGGAACGCACGCAACUGUACCUGGUCAAGUGGAAGGUGACCCCAACCUCCAAAAAACAUGGCGAGACACCCAUUUGGAGACACACGUCGCUUGUGUGGGCUGCCUCCAUCCAGGGUUUGAGUUACACUGAGUCGACAUGGGAGCCUUUGGACAGUCCGACUCCCGAGGAGGCGGCCAAGAUAGCCGACUUCCAUCGGCACGCUAAUGUGGAGAACCUGGGCACUCGGAGCAGGGAUGGGCGGGGGGCCGACCUGGUGCGCAAGCAGGAGACGUUCAAGAGGGACAUGAGGGACCUCAUCGAGAGGGCCAUGAGAGAGCUGCACCCGGAGUACUACCGGCCCCCGCCACAGCAGCAGCACCGGCCCGCAUACCAGAUGGGAUCAGUCCCCAGAAUGCUCCCUCCAGGUACGUGCCUCACCCAUCUGAUCUCACCCAUCUGAAGCCAAGCCGUCCAUCUCCUUGCUUCCUUCCUUCCUCUGUCUGUCUGUCUGUCUGUGCAACAUGGUCAGGUGUGUCGGGGCCUCCCCCCAAUGCCCAGGCCAUCUACCAUCCCUCAUUGGCCGCCCGUCGGGAGUCCCCCCCGCACCGCGGACCAGUGCCAAGCGUCGCACAGGCACAUCACAUCUUCCGAUCCCCCGUCCUACCCAACUUCACCACCACCACUCAGAACGUCCCACCCCAACACCAACCGCAGCACCAGCAGCCACCCGGCUUUCCGCAGUACCCGCCGCGCGUGCCGCUUGUCCGGCCCCCACCGGGCGUGACGAUGGACAAUGCCGUGGGUGGCUUCAUCAAGAGCCCCACCAGUGCUGGUCCCCAGGAGAUGCUCUCUGAGAUCACCGCACCCAAGCAGGAGCAUGGCCUGCAGACCAACGGCGUGGUCAAGCAGGAAGAGCAGGGGGAGCAACCCGAAGGCCAGCAUGACGGCGACAGUGAGGAGGACGGUGGGUCGGGGGCCAUCAAGCCAGAGGUCAAGGGGGAGGCGGCUGGAGACAUGUGUGAGGGAGGCGGGCCGUCGGAGGCCGAGGCUUCCCGUCACACACCCGACGUCCAUCCGCCCAUCCCGCCCGUCGCCCUGGGUGUGCUUGCCUGUCCCCUGCCCGCACGUCUUGCCAGUCGAGUUGUGCGCGUCGCCAUGCCGCCUGCUUCGCAUCACCCUUCACCACCACCACGGCCAGCAGAGUCACCAGCAGACCUCAAGAGAGUCAUCGACAAUUGUGAGGGCGGUGAGCCCGCCACUGGCGGCAAUGGUAAUGGCAAUGGCGGCCCCCCCGACGGUCAGCCAGCGGGUGGACAGCCGCCCCCUGCCCCGCCAUCUGCUCCACACGGGUCCCCCUCUGUGGGUGAGGCCGCCAACGAGAGCAUCAGCACCAACUCAACCAACCAGACACAGAUGCCCUCGGCUCCUACGGGCGCCGCCACGAUGGAUGCCUCGCCACCACCACCGCCACCCCCACCUUCACCCCAAGGUCUCACGGCGAUGCCGGGGGCGCCUCAGCAGUUGAGUGGCGUCUCACCAUUCUCGCAGGCCGGGGGGCCUCCGCCGUCGUUUGCUCAUACUGGUGGCGACGUCGAGAUCGGUCUGGCCAACGGGCCGCAGUCGGGUGGGCGGGGAGGGCAGGUGCGGCGGUCGGGCCCAGGGCCGUGUGCCCCGCCACCCCAGGGCUUCAACCCACCCCUCGCCCCCAUCGACCGAUCAUCGCGGGGCAUGGGGGUCAUCCCGCGGCCCAUGCACCAUCAGGCCAUGCAGUUGUCCCCACACCAGAUGGUUCGGGGGUCCUCUGGUCGUGAGUACGUGCCUGCGCAGCACCAGCCGCCCGCGUGGCAUCAGGUGGCGCAAGCUCGACAGCAGAUGGCUGGGCAGCAGAUGGCUGGGCAGGACAUCCAGCGCGACACCCUCAUGCAGGCCAAGGUCGCCACAGCCUUCCUGGAGGGCCGGGGACGCGCCGUCAAGGGCUGGUUCACCAAGGUACGCAAUGCGCAACACACAGAGACACAAAGACAAGGAAAGAUGAGAGAGAGAGAGAGAGAGAGACGCACGAAGAUUAUGUAUGUCUCCGAUUUGGAUGUGUGGUGUGGCGAUGAAUUGAUUGGCAUCACUGAAUACAGGCAGCGGUGGACCACACGAUGAGCAAGGUGCCCCUCCCGCCCCCUGCGGGCAUUACGCGUUUCUACGGUGAGUCCCCGCCGUUCAAGAACGACUGCAAGCUCUUCGACUACCAGUUGGACGGCCUCAACUGGCUCCUCAACCUCUGGUCCAACGGACGCAACGGCAUACUCGCCGACGAAAUGGGUCUCGGAAAAACCAUGCAGUGCGUCGCAUUCCUCAACCACCUCGUGAGGCACCAAACAGUGGGGAAGGGGCCUCAAUGCAUCCAUGGAUGGAUACGUGAUUGGUGUGCAGAUGACUAGGGAGAACGACUAUCCGGGUCCGUUCCUCGUGUUGGCGCCACUCAGCACGCUCGAGCACUGGCGGAGCACUGCAGAGGUGAGGGAGGCUGAAAGGCUGAGAGUCGUGUCGCAUCUAUGUCUGUAUGUGUGUAUAUGUGUAUGUCAUGUGUUGUGUGUAUGGUGCCUGCAGACGUGGACUGACAUGAAUGUUGUGCUGUACUAUGACGAGGCCGGCGCCAAAGGGCGGGAGACACUCAGACACUAUGAGUGGUCAGCACAGCAGCGACAGAUAGACAAAUGCACCCUCCAUCCCUAUCCUAAUGUGUGUUGGCAGGUUUCACUGUGUGAUGCACCCGAAUAAUAAUGUGGGCAGUCAUGGUCAGCCGCCCACAUUGACGCAGACGACCCACUUCAAGUUCAACCUCUGCAUCUGCUCAUACGAGGUCUUCCUCGCAGACCAGGCCAUCCUGGGAGCCAUUCCAUGGCAGGUGCGCACAGACAGCCAAACCUCCCUCCCGCUGCUCCAUGGACGGAGGGUUGGACGCAUGCGUGUUCUGUCUUUUGUUUUGUCUGUGUAUGUGUCAGUUCAUUGUGAUAGACGAGGCGCAUCGGUUGAAGAACCGCGAGGCCAAAGUGCUCUCUGUGCUCAGAUCCACACCAUGCCAGUACACUGUGGUACGGGCGUGUGUAUUAUGUAUCCAUCCAUUCACCCAUUCAUCCAUUCAUUUAUAUUUCUCAUGCGUACCUGGCUGGGACCCAUCAACCAUCACACUGUGCGUAUGUAUGUAUGUGUGACUGCAGUUGUUGUCUGGUACGCCCAUCCAGAACAGCACGGCUGAGUUGUGGCCUCUCCUCAACUUCAUCGAGCCAGUCAAGUUCGCAGACGAACGGGCAUUCCAUGAGCAAUUCGGCGACCUGUCCACGCCCGAACAGGUGGGUUUCGUUGUGUGUGGGUACAUCACAUACAGCGCAACUUUCCCUCGUCUGUCUGUGUGUCGUGUAUGGUGCAGGUUGCGGGUUUGCAGGAGGUGUUGAAGCCACACUUGCUGCGUCGCGUCAAGGAGGACGUGGAGCACUCCAUCCCGCCACUCGAGGAGACCAUAAUCGAUGUAGAACUCACUGCCGGACAAAAGGUGUGCAUGCCGCACCCAUACCCAUCAACAAGCAGCCGGACGGACAGAUAGGUAUUGACAGACUCUCGGUGCUGGUGGCUUCAGGCGUACUACCGUGCGAUAUACGACCGGAACAUGUAUUUCCUGAGUGGGGGCGACCGUCGUGGCGGGUCCUUCACCAAUGUCGAGAUGGAGCUGCGCAAGUGCUGCAACCACCCUUUCCUCAGCCUCGCAAUAUACGAAAAGGAAACGGCACUCUGCAGGGUGGGUCGGACAGGCACUCGUUCACUCACCGGCCGACACAUGCGCAUGUUGGCGUGCAGAUGUACUUAUGUACUUAUGUAUGGAUGGAUGGAUGGAUCAGAAUGAGGAACAGAUGCACAAGAAGCUGGUGGAGCUGUCGGGCAAGAUGGUGCUCCUCGACAAACUGUUACCAAAACUCAAAGUAGACGGGCAGGGGUCGGCUGGCAGCAAGGCCCCAACAUGCCAACCAAAACGGGCAUUGCACUGACUGCAAGUCGGUUGGAUGUUGGUUCGUUCGUCCGCUGUUCAGUCGGAGAGCCACAAGGUGUUGGUAUUCUCCCAGUUUGUGUCGAUGCUCGACAUACUGCAGAGCUUCCUAGACGUCAAGUAAACCACCCACCACAACAUCCACACCGAAGGAGUGGCGGAAGCAACCACCUCUGGCUCUUUGUGCUAUCCAUCAUUCAGAGGAUACAAGUACGAGCGGCUGGACGGUGCAAUUCGCGGUGCCACCCGUCAGUCGGCCAUUGACCGCUUCAACGACCCCGAGCAAGACCGAUUCGUGUUCCUGCUCUCAACCAGAGCUGGUCAGUACGGGAUUGACGCGGAUGCGCGUGGUUGCGACGCACGCCCUGGUUGCUCACCAUGUAUGGGUAUGUGUGUAUGCCAGGUGGUCUGGGGAUCAAUUUGACGUCGGCUGACACGGUCGUCAUCUUCGACAGCGACUGGAACCCCCAAAACGACGUGCAGGCGUGCGCAAGGGCUCACAGAAUCGGCCAGGUCAGCCAACGACAGACCAUCCACAAGCACGGAUAACGGAUGUACUCAUGCACACACAACAAGCCAGAACACCAGGCCUUGUACAGAGCGGCUGUUUGUCCCAUUGCCCCCUCCCUCCCUCCCUCCCUCCCCCUUAUUUGUUUGUGUGUAGGAUCGUGAGGUGAAGGUGUACCGAUUGGUGACGGCGCGUACGUACGAAUCGCAGAUGUUUGAGCGUGCGUCCAAGAAGCUGGGCCUCAACACAGCCGUCUUUCACCGAGGCGCAUUUGCUGACGCCAGCCAACGGGAGAAAGUCGAGGAGGCACUCGCAGAGGUGGGGGAACGGGCAAGGGCACAGACAGACAGAUGAGCGGCAAAUGGAUGAUGGAUGGAUGGAUGGAUAAAUGCAAAUACGUACAUGCAUACAUACGUGCAUACUUUGCGUGUGCACAUGGGUGCAUGUGCCUUUAUAUUGUCGUUCAAUCGGUCAGGCGCCCACGAAGGAGGAGAUUGAGGACUUGUUGAAGCACGGUGCCUUUUACCUGAGUGAGAAGAACGCCGAGGCCAGCAAGGCCUUCCUCGAGUCAAACAUAGAGGACAUUCUCAAUAAGAAUAGCCGCCUCUUCCGGUACGUAGAGUACGCACAAACAUUUGGGAAGAGAACCGCACACGGACGGACAGACGGUGGCCUAUCAUCUUUGUCCGUGUCCUUUUUCUCUCCAUGUGUGCGCGUCUAUGUCUGUGUGCUCAGCUAUGCUAUGACUGGGCGCGCUGGCUCCACGUUUGCUAAGACGUCCUUCCGCCCCAACGUAUGCAGUCCAUUGACAAGAUCCACAACGACCUGACUCUUCACUCGGGUCUGUGUGUUUUUCCUGUGUGCAUCCCCCAGUUGGCGACGGAUUUGGAGUUCAACGACCCCGAGUUUUGGCAGAAGGUCAUGAGUCGCGAGGCCGACUGGUUCAUGAGCCGCCUCAACGACGGCACGGCAUACGACACCGACCACAGCAGACACAAAUUCCUGAUGGAAAUCGAGGAAGCCGUACACGGAUGCUCGGUGCGAACGGCGAUGACGGAGAUUGAAGGGUGGAUGGAUUCAUUCACGUGUACAUACAUGUUUCGUGUGUGCGUAUGUCAGGCCGGGGGCAGUGGGAAUGACGAUCUCCUCAACACGCUUGAGAAGGUCAAGGACCACCCACAAUUCAAGGACGACGAACGCAAACAGGUGGGCAUCGCACGACAAACAGACAGACGGGAGGCUCUUCUUCUAUUUGUCUGUGCGUGUUGGUUGAGUCAGGCCAAGGAGUGGCACGAGCACGUGCUCGAGACCAUCAAGGCCCUGAAGGAGUACGACGGCGACGCUGAGAGCGCAGUCGGGGCCGCACAUACUGACGACCAGGAGAGCAAGGUCAACCACGCCACGCCACACCUAUUACCCUUCACAUACGCAUUCAAGCUUUGUUCGCACAUCGAUACGUACGUGUCUGUCUGUUUGUUUAGGCUGGGGACGAGGGGGGCUCUCGCCGGAGCAGCCGCAAGGGUAGGCCAAAUAAAUGCACGGAUGGAUCUAUGGACAGAGAAUGAGUGAGGGCGUUCGUCCAUUCGUCUGUGGGUGCGGUGCAUCAGGCAAGUUCACCGGUACGUUCAAGGACAGCAUUGCCCUCAAGUACGAGGGAUACGACGAAUUCGGAAACGCCCUUCCCAAGAGCAGACGGAGGGGCAAAAAGUCCGGCAGAGGUCAGGACCCUCACCUCCCUCCAUUACGACACAGCAUGACACAUCACAGGCCCCCUUUCUCUUGCAUCGAUUGAAUUUGGUCAGGGCGAGUCUCGGGGGGCGAGGACAUGCAGGGUGGUGGUGAUCUGUCUAGUGAGUUGCGGAUGGAUCUCGACAUGUAUUACAUCGACGAGAUGCUGCUGGACGAGUCGGUGUCUGGCCACACCACCAGGCGCCGAGGCAAGGCCAAGGGCCGCGGCCGAAGGAAGAAGGAAGAUGGUGACUUCCACCCCAAACCGGUGAAGAGGCGACGCAAGACCAAACAGAAGACAUCCGACCAAGAGGACGACCCAGACCAAGACAUGGCCGAUGAAGCCGGUGAGUGAGUGAGAGAAUGAGCAACUAUGAGAUCCCUACCGCAUCCACGAUUGCCCGUGCGGUUGUUUCUGUCUGUCAGAUGUCGUGGCGCCUGCGGCCGGUGGCCUCCCUGUUGCCGCACCAGCUACGGCCCCUCCGGCACGCCAGCAGUGGCCGCCAGGCAUCCGCGGCAGCAUCGCUCAGUCACAGCCACCCGUCCCCCCCACCUUCCCCAAGCCUGGCACAGUGGCCUUUGGCGGCCCCGCAACUGGCGUUCCCGCCCCACAGGCAGCCGUCCCACCUGCACCACGCCCACCCCACCCACCGCAAAAACUCCCUCCAGGAAUGACCACCAUGCGGCACACGGCGGUGCCCCCGUUGGCCCCUCCCUACAAUUCGCGUCUGCUGCAACCGCCCCUUCCUUCGGCUGCGGGCAUGGACAUCAGCGGUGACUCGGAGGAGGAUGAGACGGCGAGCCGCAAGAGCGGUCGACAAAAGAAGGAGAGGCAGGCCUUCGACCCCGCCACGUACACCUCUGCUGCUGCUGCAGCUGCUGCGGCACAGGCUGCUGCUGCACAGGCGAGAAGUGGCCAAUAUGGAGUGCUCACGGAAGCACACAUGGCCGCUCUCAGACAACAACAGCAGCAGCAGCAACAACAGCAGCAACAGCAACAACAGCAGAAUCAGCGGGGGUAGUCCGGAGGACGCAGGGGAUUGUCUGUGCUGACAGACAGACAGACAGACAGACAGACAAGCAGACAGACAGACAUGGAAAGUAGAUGGAUGGUGUGUACUCACUCGGGCUGUUUACAUAAAGGGCGGGUUGCUCAGUGUCUUGGCUGCGGACACGACAUCCAUCCACGCCGCCACAGAGAGGUGGGUGUGGUGUGCACGUGUCUUGCGUUUGGAUGGAUGGUUUGAAUUGCUGAUUGGGAGGGACGUCUGUCGGUCGGUCAGUUUCCACUGACUUAGCAGAGCAGAGCAAAGCGAAUAAAGAAAGGACUACCUUCGAAUGAGUUGACUUGCACCGCUUUUGUGUGAUUUGCAUGCAUGGAAUUGUAUCCGUGUCUGUCGUCGCGUGGGUUGAUGGAUUCGCGUACAUACAUGACCCUUACAAUUACAAGAUGACAUGCUCGCG